AUGAGCUCUACCUCUGCUGCUUCACGCAAGGCUUUGAGUAAGAUUGCAUGCAAUCGGCUACAGAAAGAGCUUACGGAAUGGCAGGUGAAUCCGCCGUUGGGUUUCAAGCACAAAGUAACGGAUAAUCUGCAGAGAUGGGUAAUCGAAGUCAACGGUGCACCGGGGACUCUGUACGCAGGUGAAACGUAUCAACUACAGGUGGAUUUUCCGGAGCAUUACCCAAUGGAAGCGCCUCAGGUUAUAUUUAUACCUCCAGCCCCACUUCACCCUCACAUUUAUAGCAAUGGGCAUAUAUGUCUGGAUAUUUUGUAUGACUCGUGGUCGCCGGCUAUGACUGUUAGUUCGAUUUGCAUCAGCAUUCUCUCCAUGUUAUCGAGCUCGCCUGCCAAGCAACGUCCGACAGACAAUGAUCGCUAUGUGAAGAACUGUAGGAACGGAAGAUCUCCGAAGGAGACGAGAUGGUGGUUCCAUGAUGAUAAAGUGUAA